GAAUGGCUCCAUGGAUCAAUAAGAACAAUAGUAAAUUUAUGGAAAAACAGUGAUUCUUUCUUGACAAGAAUACAAUAUGAAAAUUGGUAUUUUGGCAAUAUACUUGAGCAAUGUUUGGAUUUUUGUUUUAGAGAUUCAACGUUAGGCACAGAUAUUAAAAGAACUGACAUGUCAUUAUUAGCUAGCGGAAAUAGAAAAAAUCGUAACAAGCAAAAAAAACAGAGAAAAAAGGUUGGUAGAAAAAUAGAUGGUCUUAUCUAUAAUGUAGAACAUAAUCUUGAGCUUGACUGCGAUUUAGUUAGGUUCAUAAAAUAUGAUGAGGAGAAAAGCAAUUCAAUACAAGUUAUAGAAAUUUUGCACUUUGGCCUUAGAUUACAAUUUGUUAGGUUAUGGAGAGCAGGAGGUUCAAUUACAAUCUUUAAAAAGAGUAAUGUAGUAUACUAUUUAUUAUCUAAGUUUACAAGAUCCGGCAUUUGUGAUUUUCUUAAAUUGUUGGCUGGUAUUUAUGCUUAUAAGCAAAUAACAAAGAAUAAUCUUCAUCUUUUGGGUUUAAAUGAGGACCAAGAAAAUGAUUUCUUGAAGGAAUUAAAGAGAGGAAGCCAAGAAUCAACUCCACCACCUAAAACAAUUAAAUAUUUAGCAAAUUGUUGGAUGACUCCUAUA